AUGGUUUCAAAAUCUCAAAGUAAGGAUUCUCAAGCAUCAAAAGGUCAAGGCAAGGACAUUGCAUUUUCAAAGGCACAAUCUCUUCCAAGCAAUCCCCCAAAGAAGAUGAGAUUUACUUCAUCUUCCGAGAAAGACCCAAGCUCUGCGACAUUUGAUGAAGUGACGAAAUCUACUCGCGGUAUCAACACAAUGAGCCGUGUUGUAAAGAGGAAAAUCCAGAAGAUUAAGCAUGUGGUUGAGUACAAUAAAAGUGGCAGACCACAUGGCAAGGCUGCUAUGGAGAUGCAGAGUUACAUUGGUGUUUUGGCACGCACCAGAGUCCCUCUUGUGGACAAGAAAUGGACUCAAUUGCCUAAGGACCUGAAGGAGCAGAUUUGGGAAGCUGUUCAAAUGGCUUAUGUUGUUGGGGAAGGGGGCAAGAAGAUGGUGUUGUCAUCUGCCACCAAAAAAUGGAAGGAUUUUAAGUCUACCUUAACUAGGCAGUUUAUCCUUCCAUUCGCAAAUGAGAAGGAGAAGUUAAAAGAGCCCCCUCAGCUUUAUAACUUCAUAGAGAAAUCUGAAUGA